AUGAAUGUGGAAGUGACAGGCCGGUGCUUCUUUAUGGGGGAUGACUACUACAUCUCUCUUCCCAUCGUCAACAAGGCGGCAAACCGCGGAGAGCCACUGCAGUUGUUGUGCAGUGAAAUGAUUCACUGGGACGACUACCGGAAUGAUCGCAGUAUCAACGACGGCAAACCGCGUAUGCAGCAACUCUUUGCCUCCUCCUACACGGAGCCCCUCGCGCGCACCUUCGUGCUCGGCAGUGACACGUACGUUACGCAGGUGACGGGGGUGUCAGCGACUCAGGCAGGCUCGUCCAGUCAAAUGUUCAGCGCGGAGAUGCAGCACUGGGAUGACUACUGCGAAACGCGUGGCAUCACCACAGGAUCUCCAAGUAUGGCGAGUCUCUUCCGCCCCUUUGAAAGCAAGAUAAUUCUUGCGUUUGACUUGAAUGAGCGCAAGCUGACCGAGCUUGAAGGGAAAAGCGUCGCCCUAAUUUCUUAUGGCGCCAAGCAACAAACCUACUGCAGUGAGAUGGAGCACAGGGAUGAUUACGUCAGAGAAAAGACAGGGAAGGCACCGGAGCCCAGCAUGGCAUCGUUGUUUGCUUAA